AUGGCGACCCUCGGUGCGCCUCGAAACGUUUCGUCUCUCAUAAGAACUGGCAGAUGGGUUGCUCUAGCUUUAGGCCUCGGAUAUGGUUAUGUACAUAAUAAUAGCCUGUUGAAGAAGGAGGCUGUGUUCCAGGAGGGACAGUCUGUGUUGAGGGCCAAGCGUGAUGCAAGACUCGCUCUUGAGAGAGAAGCUGGUGCCAAAAAUGAGAUGAGAAAUUUGGCUAUACAGUCUGGUGUGGACCCAAAAGAUGCUCAAAGCAAAAAUAAACAAGAUAAAUUUGUUAUUACCCUAGAGAAGAUGGCUUCUGGAACAUUUUGGGGCCCGAAGCAUUGCUGUCGUCAUGGGCCAUGUAACGCGUGUGUCAUCUCAGUAAUUGAUGGUGAUGGAUAUAAUCCGCAAUCUCAGUCCACAUCUACAUUGAACAGUGUUAAAGCAAUGUAUGACUGGGUGAAGCAGAACUGUUGUGUCGAUACUCAGACAUUAUGUUUACAAAGAAUCCUAAUUGGCGCUUCUUACAGACACAAACCCGAUAUUGUCAAGUAUGCGAUCGGAGAGGAAGGGGCACCCGUAGAUUUCGCCCCCGUGAAGGGUUAUUCUUACAUGCAUGGACCUGGCCAGGAUUGUGAAAACGAACAUGACACUUUCCUUCAAGAACUAGAGGGAGGACGAUAUUCAAGUCAAGGAAUAAUGACACCAUGCAUGCAUGCCAUUUAUCAUGAUGAUAUUGAACUUCUUACAUGGCUUAUAGAGCAAGCAGGGGCAGAUUUGGAUUUCAGAAUCAUGGAUGGACAAGGUUCUCCUGGUUCUGCCAUGUCAGUUGCAAUUAAGACCAAUAACCCAACUAUUUUGAAGUUCUUAUUAGACAAAGGUGCAGAUCCAAAUAAAAAGAUGUUUUGUGGAGGAUCUGCACUCCACCUUGCAGUUGAUAAAGAGAAUAUAGAGAUGCUCAAAAUAUUGUUGGAAUGUAACAGGACAGAUUUGAACUUAAUGAACUACCCUAAGAAAGAAAUUGAAAAACAGGACGAUAUACCGUAUUCGGCGCUCAUGGAUGCCUGUUGUCCAUGGAAACAAACAAACUUUGAAAUAAUAGAACUUUUGUUAAAUUAUGGAGUGGAUGUAAAUGCCGUAAGUUGCCUACAUCCCAUUUAUGAAGAUGGACCGCAGAAUGCGUUGUCUAAUGCUUUGGCUCAAUGCAAUUUCCCUUUAGUUGAACUGCUACUGAAACACGGUGCUGACUGUUCCAUACUUGGUACCUCAUAUGGUGAUGGAGAUGGUACAUUCCUAGAAAGAGCUGCAGCAACUAAGGAUAUUGACAUUUUUAAGCUCGCUAUGCCAUUCCCUGUAAAUAUUACUGUUGAACAGAAAGGCCAAGUGUUAUUUCAUGCUGCAGGCUCGGGAAACCUGGAUUUUUUGCAUCUUGCAAUGACUCUCCAAGAUGUAAAUGGUCCCACUAUUGAGCAUUAUACAAAUGCAUUGCUCAAUGCUUCAUCAUUUGAAGUCAUGAAAGAGCUGUUAGAACUUGGUGCAGAUCCUAAUAAAGUCUGUCAUAAACAUAGGCUUAGUGAAGUAGGCGAUGAGAGUUGUAAUCUCAUGCGUAUAUUCAAAACAAAUGACAGAGAGAGAUAUCCUAAUGAGGAUGAGGAAUCUAAAGAGAAAAGAGUUAAAAAACUUGAACUGCUUAUUCAAAAUGGAGCAAACCCAGGCCUAUUUCUGGAUUGUUUGAAUGAAACAAUUAAAGCAAAUAUUGAGGAUUAUGACUUAUAUUCUAUCGCAUUUUCAUUGACAGUUGAAAUGUACCAUGAAGAAAAACUGACAACAAAUGACCCGACUACUUAUCAAUACCUCGCGAAAUGUAUGUCACAGACAAAUAUUCCUAGAUUCAAAGAGUUAGUGGCAGAAUAUGUGGACAGACUAAGAAAUGAGGAUGAGAUACUCACCAUAUGUGACAGUAUGCCAGAUGUUUGUAGUCUACAGCAUCAAUGCAGAUCCUCUCUGAGGAAAAAUAUUAUGAGAGUUUCUUGUAAUCUCGAACAGUGUUUGAUAAGGUUAGGAUUACCAAAACCCAUCCGUGAAUAUGUAAUGUUUAAAAAGUGACAUUUACGAACCAUAAAGUAAAGGAUACAGGGUGCACUAGUAUUAUAAACACUAGCUAUAUGCUGUUAAAAUGAAGUCAUAUUAGAUAAUGAAAUAUUGAUUCAAGUUGGCUUGAUGGAAAAUGUACAGAAUACUAUGUGAAUGUUUUGAUAAUACAUAAGUUAAGUCAAUCGCUAUUACAUUCAUGUUGGCAAGAAUGUACAAGAGGUAGAUCUCAAUUUAAAACUGAUUCUGUUGUACUUUUGUAUGUAUAUACAGGGUGAUCCAGAAGUAUUGUCAAAGAUGUUGCCAUUUCAAUACUACUGAGCUAAUCUUCAUGAAACUUGGUACAACAAACAUUAUUGAGUGUAUACCCC